UCUGGGAAAGCAAUUGCCAGGGAUGUAAACAGUUGCAAUGCCGUUAUUAAGGGACUAGGUGACAAUAUAUAUGAAUUGCGUGAGCUGACUGUGAUCGAGCUGAAAGUUGUUGAGCGGACCGCGGGAUGCGCCGUCGUAGGUGUGAAACCGCAGCGUAUCUUCCGGUUGAUUGGUGGCUUGCUGCUGUGCACUUGGCAACCGGAGGUUGUGUAUAGGCUACUAGAAAUACGGUGGGAAAGCGAGAGAAAAAACAAACAAAGAUUUGUAUAAAAUAUCCUUGCUAAAAUACAUUGCAAACGUUCUCAUCUGCUGGCGAACCUGCGGAUUACAUUCGCAAUUUAUGUGACGUUAUUUAUAAGGAUAAACAGACUGUCGCCAUGACAGCGGAGGAGACCAUUAACAUCAAAGAGGUGGAGGUGAUCAAGCUGAUGCUGGACUUCCUCAACUCCAGGAAGCUUCACAUCAGCAUGCUGUCUCUGGAGAAGGAGAGUGGCGUCAUUAAUGGCCUUUACUCUGACGACAUGCUCUUCCUCAGGCAGCUGAUUCUAGAUGGCCAAUGGGAAGAGGUCCUACAAUUCAUUCAGCCUUUAGAAGGCAUGGAAAAGUUUGACAAAAAGAGGUUCCGCUACAUCGUCCUGAAACAGACAUUUCUGGAGGCCCUGUGUGUCAAUAACGCCAUGUCAGCUGCUGACGACCCUCAGAGCCUGGAGCUGUCCAUGCAAGAGGCGGUCAGAUGUCUCCACAGCCUGGAGGGGUUCUGUCCCUCUAAAGAGGACUACAGUAAACUAUGCCUGCUCCUCACGCUGCCCUGCCUCACCCAACAUGCUGAGUUCAAGGACUGGAACCCCAGCACGGCCCGGGUGCACUGCUUCGAGGAGGCCUGCGCCAUGGUGGCCGAGUUCAUCCCUGCCGACAGGAAGCUGAGCGAGGCUGGUUUCAGGGCCAGCGGCAACCGCCUCUUCCAGCUGCUCAUCAAAGGAGUUUUGUACGAGUGCUGUGUGGAGUUCUGUCAGAGCAAAGCCACGGGGGAGGAGAUCACGGAGGACGAGGUGCUCUUGGGCGUGGACAUGCUGUGUGGCAAUGGCUGCGACGAACUCGACCUCUCCCUGCUUUCGUGGCUCCAGAACCUCUCGCCAGGUGCCUUCUCCUGCGCCUUUCAGCAGAAGACCCUGGCCAUCCACGUGGAUCGCCUGGUGAAGCCCACCAAGGCCGGCCACGCCGACCUGCUCACCCCCCUCAUCAGCCGGCUUUCCCCCUGUCCCUCCUCGCCCCUGCAGAGGCCCCAGUCGGCAGACACCUACAUGUCUCGGUCCCUGAACCCGGUGCUGGACGGGCUGUCCCAUGGCCUGGCGGCCCAGGCCCAGAACAAGAGGGGCACGGAGGGCAGCGUGAGACCGGCGCUCAGCCAAAGCAUGGUGGAGAAUAACGUGCACCAGCUGGACGACGACUCACCAGAAAGGAUUGUCCCACCGGUUCUGGUUCUGGCCUCCAGUGGACCAAAUGUCAUGCGCACCCCUCUGGCCCCCGGGGCGGACGGUGGGCCGCCAAACGAAAAAGAGCACGACGGUGAGCAGAUCCAGGAGUACUACAGGCAGAAAAAGCGUGUUCAGCAACACUUGGAACAGAAGCAGCAGCAGAGACAGCUGUACCAGCAGAUGCUGCUGGAGGGAGGGGUUCACACACAGGAGGGGCCAGAUGCCCAGCACAACCUCACUGAGAAGUUCCUCAACAGGUCCAUCCAGAAGCUGGAGGAGAUGAACGUGGGAAUGGACAAUGUGGGAGAGGGGGGGGUCCAGUCUGUGAGCCAGCAGUGUAACGGGACCCCUGGACCCAACUCUAGUACCCACACCCAAGAGACAGGCCCUCUCCGGGACAAGCCGGGGGGGGUCAGCAGUACCCCUCUUAUGGCAGGUUCUCAGGGCAUGCUCUCCUUCAACGAGUCCCCCGUCCAGAACACUCAGAGGGCCACUCUGCCUACUCUUCAGGAUGAUUCGGGCGGCUCCCCGAUGCGCAACAAUUCUCAGAAGAUGGAGAAGUCCAAGGCCCAGUUUGUGGCAGUGAACAGUCUGGAGGACACGCAGGCGUUGCGCGCUGUGGCCUUUCACCCCACGGGGGCGCUGUACGCCGUGGGCUCCAACUCCAAAACCCUGCGCGUCUGUGCUUACCCAGACUCCCUCAACACAAGUGGGUCAGGCCCAGUCAAGCAGCCGGUGGUGCGCUUCAGAAGGAACAAGCAUCACAAGGGUUCCAUCUACUGUGUGGCCUGGAGUCACUGUGGACAACUGCUGGCCACAGGCUCCAAUGAUAAAUAUGUCAAAGUGCUGCCCUUCAACGCAGAAACCUGCAAUGCCACAGGGCCAGACCUGGAGUUCAGUAUGCAUGACGGCACCAUCAGAGACCUGGCGUUCAUGGAGGGUCCUGAGAGUGGAGGAUCCAUCCUGAUCAGCGCCGGAGCCGGAGACUGUAACAUCUACACCACUGACUGUCAGAGAGGACAGGGGCUGCACGCUCUCAGUGGGCAUACAGGCCACAUCCUGUCUCUGUACACGUGGGGUGGCUGGAUGAUCGCCACGGGCUCCCAGGAUAAGACUGUCCGCUUCUGGGACCUGAGAGUCCCCAGCUGUGUGAGGGUGGUGGGGACAGCCCUGCAUGGCUCUGGCAGUGCAGUGGCCUCGGUAGCUGUUGACCCCAGCGCUCGUCUCUUGGCAACGGGACAAGAGGACUGCAGCUGCAUGCUCUAUGACAUCAGAGGAGGCCGGAUGGUGCAGACGUACCGCCCACACACCAGCGACCUGCGCUCUGUCCGUUUCUCUCCCGGGGCACACUAUCUGCUCACGGGUUCCUACGACAACAAAGUCAUCAUCACUGACCUGCAAGGUGACCUGACGAAGCAGCUUCCUCUGACGGUGGCGGCGGAGCACGGGGACAAGGUCAUCCAAUGUAGGUGGCACACGCACGACCUCUCCUUCCUGUCCUCCUCCGCAGACAGGACAGUCAAACUCUGGGCCCAGUGUCCAUGACACUGCUGGCUGGCACUGGGAACACUGGAAACCACAGCUCUUAAAUCUGAUGUUACUGGGAACACUGGCCACCACAACGAGCACAACACACAGUCCACAUCCUUGGACAUACCUGCCCCUAUACCCCUCCGCAAGGCUCUUAAGAGGUGUGUGCUACAUGUAUAGUAAUGCCGUGUCAUUUAUUAUUAUUAUUAUUAUAUUAUGUGCCUCUUGCUAACAGUAGAGCUAUACAACACCACCUUCAUUUGACUGUAAUGAUACGGCGACACCUCUAUAGUCCUGUUGAAAAUAAUAUACUCAUCAAAUGCAUCAUAGUCUACACUACGCUUAAAGCACACCACUGUCCCUCCUGUUGUUUUCAUAUCGUCCAGUUUUUAGUUAGCUGUUCUGACGGAUGCAGAAUGCCUUAUUUAGUCCAUUCAAACCACAUUAUGUGAAUCAUAUGGUGCCUUGGGUAAAAGUUUUUGAAUUUUGAAUGUGCGGUGUACAUUUUCAGCUUCAAGAUGGAUGCAAGAAAUGAGGCCUUUCAUUUCUAAAAGCUUUAUCUUGACAUGUUCUUAUUCAAUAACAGCUUGUAAAUGUUUUAGGAUUGAAAUCAUCUUGACAUAAAUUGUUUUGGUAGUACUUAUGCCACUUAUCAAAGAUCUCAAACUUGGAAAUACAUUCUUGAAGUAUAAGAUAAUUGUAUCAUAUGUUGUUGGAGGAUUGUGUUUGGGAUUUCAUCUGCGUGUGGAUUUUUGUAAAUGAAUUGUAUAAAUAUUUAAUGGGGUAUCUUUUAUGUAAUAUUGUAACAAUUAUUGUUAAUGACAUUUUAAUGAACAGUAUUUCAGUUGGGCUGAAGCUUGCUUGGAUGGUAAAUGAUAAAGACGGACCUUUUAUGGUUGUUUUUGGACAGCAAUUAUGACUGAUGGAAAAAGUCACUUGCCCAUCUGUGAAUGGGAAUAUAUGGAGCGAUGUUAGUGCUAUCGGAAAUUAAAUCCCGAUACAUUUUUUGGGUGGCACUAAUAUCACACCAUGGGAAUAGGCAGAGGGUAGGUUUUAACUGUACUGUGAAAUGUGAAGCCUUUGCCUAGGCUAAAAGGUUUUUAUACACACACAUAGAAAUACAUAUUAGUGGAAAUGAACUUUCAUGUAACGUAUUAAAGUAGAGAGAGUAUUAACACUGCACAUUUGGAGCACUUAGCUGUGUCAAAGUAGGACUGUGUGUCAGUUUCCCCCGCACAAGUAGUUCAAGGGUAUAAUAGUUAGUGAUUUUUUUGGUGUACUUAAAAGAUAAAUUAAAUGCAACUACGACAUCAAAUGUUCUCUCUUGCAUUGAUUGCAGUUCAGUUAGUUGACAUGUACACUGUCUUCAGAAAGUAUUCACACCCCUUGAAUAUGUUUUUUUUUUUUUUUUUUACACAUUUUGUUGUUACAGCCUGAAUUUUAUUACAUGUAGUUUUGUUUCCCCCACUGGCCUACACACAUAUUCCCCCAUAAUGGCAAAGUGAAAGUAAUUUACAAAUGAAUUAAAAAUGAAAAGUUGAAAUUUCUUGAGUAUUCAACCCCUUUUUGUUAUGGCCUCAAUAAGUUCAGGAGUAAACAUGUGCUU